CGAUGUAGGCUCAUGAACAAACACGUCACUUCUAGGUAUCAUGUUAAGUGCUUGCCUGUAGUGUACAGCUGAGAGCAGUGAAUCAGUAAUGAUGUAUGACAGUGCGUAGAGAGAAUUCCUGAAAGACUAUUCCUAUCAGAUGGAGAAACCAACCUUCACCACUAAGGGAUGUAGUAAAUACAGUGGAAUGUGACUGAGAUCGACUAUUGACAUGUCUAGUCCACACGAGACUAGAGCUAAUGGAGGUCGGCCAGGCAUGGAGCUUGUGUUUCGCGAUGUAAAUGCACAUAUUGGCCCCAAACAAGUCCUCAAGGAGGUCAGCGGAAUGGUCAAGGCUGGUCAGCUCCUUGCCAUCAUGGGACCUAGUGGGGCUGGUAAGACAACUUUACUAAAUACCCUUGCAGGCCGAAAUCCACUUUCAUCAGGGGAGAUUACUCUGAAUGGAAGUAAGAUAAAUAAAUCCCUCAAACGAAAGGUAUGCUACGUACUGCAGCAGGAUGUUUUCUUCCCCAGCCUCACUUUAAAGGAAACAUUAACUUUUGCAGCCAUGGUCAGGUUACCUGAUUCAAUGCCAAAGAAAGAGAAAUUAGAAAAGGUCAAUGAAAUUGUAGAUGCCCUUGACCUUAACAAAUGCCUUGAAACAAUCAUGGGCGACAUGUGGACAAGAGGUCUGUCUGGAGGAGAAAAGAAGCGAGCCAAUAUUGCCUGUGAACUGAUCACCGACCCACUUAUGAUAUUCCUUGAUGAACCUACAUCAGGACUGGACUACAGUACAGCAUUUAGUUUAGUACAGACUCUCAAAAUGUAUGCCAGACAGCAUAACAAAACAGUUGUGGCCACAAUACACCAACCCUCCAGCUUCAUCUUCUACCAGUUUGAUAGUCUGUUGCUCAUGUCAGAAGGGGAGUCGGCUUACUAUGGAGAUAUCAGCAAGGUCGUGGAAUUCUUCAGCUCCGUUGGCAUGGAGAUGUCGCAGCAUUACAAUCCAGCUGAUUUUGUUUUGGAAAAAUUGAAAGAAGAUGAAAAGACAAGGAAAAGGAUAGUGACAGCAGCUUAUGACCAAAGGAGGAAGAGUGAUUGGCCUAGAGUAUUGAGGAGAGACCAAAAUGAUGUCAAUGUUAAUCAAAUCCAUAACUCUGACCCACAACACGACCUCAAACAAAGCAAAAACUUUUACGACAAAAUCGGCAUCUUAAAAAAAUUCCGGUCGAAACCAAAAGAAGCAGCAAAUGAUGAAGAAGAUCCAGGGAGUAUUCAUGUCAGUCUGAUGGAGCUUGACGAUAUUGAUAAUGGUGUCAUGGAAUCCAAGAUUGAUAACAAACAGAAGUGGCCGACUGGUUUCCUCACCCAGUAUACAAAUCUUACCAUUCGUACUUUCCGCCAAUCAAAAACACAAAUCUUCAACAAAUUCAAGGUCAUUGAGGCUGUCACAAUGACCAUCCUAGUCUGCCUGAUCUGGUUCCAGCUGCCUAGGACUGAGGCCACCCUACGAGACCGAAUGGGUGUGAUAUUUUUCAUGUCAAUGAACUAUGGAUUCACUCCCCUGUUUGAUACUGUCACUUCCUUCCCGUCUGAGCGUUUGGUGAUCAACAAGGAGCGUGCAUCAGGAUGGUAUCGUGUAUCAGCCUAUUACCUAGCCAAGAUGACCAGUGAACUUCCAUUAAUCCUAGCACAACCACUCGUGUUUGGAACAAUUGUAUAUUGGUCUGUUGGUCUUAAUGGGGUGUCUGCAUACUUUGCUACCAUUGGCACUCUCUUCAUUCAUUCUAUAGCAGGGCAGAGUAUAGGCCUGUUCCUUGGUAUUGCCUGUAUGGACAUCAGGAGGGCAAUGACCAUUGCUACAGUGUGUAUUAUGACAACUAUGCUAUUAGGUGGUUUCUAUACUCGUCAUCUACCAUUUUGGCUGUCUUGGUUGAAAUACAUAUCUUUUCUCUACUACACUUUCCAUUGUCUGAUGUCAUUAGAGUUCACAGAUGCACUACCAGUUUUAUGUGCCUCCAGUACCAACAUAUCUGAAUCACAAUUCUCCAGUUGUCUUCACCACAAUGUUACAACAAUACCUUCUCAGGAAGUACUACAAUUCUUCGGGAUUGACUGGCCAUUUUGGAAGUAUCUACUACCUCUGUUCAUUUUCAUCAUUGCAUUUAGAAUAGCUGGCUAUUUUGUAUUACGUUUUGUCCAAAGACCGCAUUGACUUAGGCCGAUGAAAUAGUGAGGUUUUGAUAGGAGUGUAAGCAGUAUGUUUGUUUUGUGAUGUGUAUAGAUUUACUUAGAUGUAGUGUAAUAUAUGUGUUGAUUGUAUUUUUUAACAUAUUUACUGAUGAUAUAUUUUAUAAAUAAGAGUUGGAUUCUAUGAUUUAAUUUAUCAUGAACUUUAUCACAAGAGGCUUGGAGCCAAUCACAUGGUCUGUAUAGAUGUAUAACUUAUAUUUAUACCAGAAAUACAUAUAGGAACCAAGGGACCAAAUCCCAGUGGACGUGAUGAUAUACUUUGUAAUGAACAAAGCUUUAAUCCAAUAGAUUGGAAACAUCUUUUUACCAGAUGAAAUGUUGAUAUAGAUGAUAAACAUGUAAGGAACUGGAUUUGUGUGCAGUCAAGAUGUUUUUACUAUUUAACAAUUUUUGUAUUCAGAUGACAUCAAAAGUUGAAAAAUAAGACAAAUACAGAAAAAGAUACAAUAAUAUGUCCUGAUAAUAGUCGAAUGAUCAAAAGUGACUUUGAUUUUCUAUAUCUCUUAUUAUGUAUACAUGU